AGGACCUGGAUCUGCAUUUGCAAUUCCUCAUAUUUGAUUGUUUUUAGCUCCUUUUUCUCAUUUCCUCCAAAAGAUUGGAAAAAUAUUUUAUUCCGACUUAGAGCGUAAAUGCAGUUUUUAUUUACUAACAGGCCACCUCUCGUCCGACCUACCCAUACUUGAUACCCCAGCAUGAAAAUCAAGAUGGCGACAAUUCGUGGCUUUUAGGACUUAGGCCUCCUCCUCAAGUAGAACGUGAAGAUGUCUCCUCCUUCUCUGUUGUUCUCUGUAGCUGCUUGUGCAGCUGCUUUCGGAUGCAGUCGGGUAGCAGUAGUUUUCGCUGUAUUUCCUGUAGACGGGUCGUGGUCCACAUCCAGAUCCAGUUCCACCACCUCCGAGCGGUUGAGACCUUCAUUUCGUCCGAGAACAACAAGACGAAAUCGAAAACAAACAUCGACGGAGGUAGUAGAAGACGAAGAGCGUACAAAUUCCUGGAGGACGUCGACAAGUAGAAGAAUUCCUCAUGCACCUAUUGUCCCUGGAGGUCCUGGUGAUGCUGGUGGCCUGCUUGUUGGCGCUGCUGGCACCGAUGAAAAUCAUGACGAGAGGUGGACAUCAAGAAGGGACAUGAGCAAGAACUUCUACAGAAAGGUGAAUUUUCUCCAGGGAGGGGCCACGUCGAAAGUAUCAACAUCGCCUUCCACGACAACAACUACCAUCAGCACGAUCCCCGCCCGGCACCUCAUUAGUAGUGUUGGUGGAAACGAAAUUGGAACAAUUGGAGACGAGCAAGACGAGCAGGAGAGAAGUGGCGAGGGAAUACUGAUGAACAGGACUUCUGAAAAUAAUACACUUGAUCGCGGUCCACCACCUGCACCUUCGCCAAUGCUUCCGCAGCCAACAUCAAGUGCAGGGGAUACAGAAGAUCAAGGGACGAGCUACAACGCUUCUAGUGCUGGUACAACAACUUUACUUUAACUUCUUGACAAAUUGUUAGUAGUACAACAACGUAUAAUGCUGAGUCUUCUCCCUAGUCAUUCGGUAAUUGCGCAAAUUUUUUUUCAUUUGCCCCUUGACUAUUUUCAAAAUGAAUAGAUACAACAACUUUCUCAUCAAUCUGAUAUUAAUUUUUGAACAGAUCUCGCUCUUUCCACGACCGUGACCCCGCCGAGCAAACCCUGCGGGAUCGAUGUUUGGGCAGUACAACUGGACAAAGUCAGAUUGCGUUACUAUGUUCUCGGCGAGGAAGCAACCGCGAAUUGCGGACGGUGUGGCACGACCAUCACCACUUACGAGGAACGAAUGUCUACAAGCUUCCCGUAUGCAUUUCAAAUAUGUCUGGGUCUGGAAGGUAGCAACUUGUGAAGCUGUCUUUGGAUUUGAAAAAAAUCUGAAUCUGUAUUGCGUGACCAGCAACAGGAGUCCAGUUUGUGUCACGCGGAGAGGGAAUUUCUCAUGCGGAAUAGGCACUAGGGAGCCCUCUAAAAAUCUGUGAUGCUAGAUCAUGCAUUACAUGCAUCAUGGAUCAUACAUACUAUGCAUCACAAAUCCCGAAAUCUUCCGACCCAGACAUUUUUGCAUUUGAUAAUUGGGACGGCCCUGCUGGAGGGUGUCACGUGCAGGAUGUGCGGCCGUUGCUCGGCCUAGGGAUUCCGGAGCUUGAGGCGUACGCUAGGGCACCCGAGAACGCCCCGGAGUUUCAGUUUAACACCCGCACGGAAGGACCAAAUACAGGGCAACCUCUUCAUACCCCGGUCUGCGUUUAA